AUGAAAGGAUACCAUGUCAGCCGUAGCCUAUCCCAGCAUUCUUCUGGUGGCGGCGGAGGAGGCCCCUGUCACUGUCCGCCAGAGGACGGCGAUGGCCCGGGCAGAGACUACUAUCACGGUCAUAACGACAGCCACUACUACCCUCCGGGAGGUCCGGCUGAGGCUUUGGCGCUGGAGAGACACCACUCUCACUCCCAUUCCCAUUCUCACAGCCACUCAGGUGGGGGGACCUUCCCUCGCUCGCACCCCAGCCAGCAUCCGCCUCUGCAGUCUUUUGACUCGUGCGAGGAAUGCUUGUCAUCGGGUCACGGAGGCAAGAUGCACCGCAUCCCUCCAAACUUGAUGGAUCAAUUUGAGAAGCAAGUACCCUUCCACCCUGACGGUUUCCACACGCUUCAGUAUCAGCGCACCACCAGCGGGGGUGCUGAGCAGCGCAGCGAGAGCCCUUCACGUAUCCGCCACCUGGUGAACUCCGUGCAACGACUCUUUGCUAAGUCCCAUUCCUUGGAAGCUCCUUCCAAACGGGAGUACAACGGCACAAGAGGAGGUGGGGACUACCGAGGUGAGAGAGGAGCGGGUCACAGGAGUGGAGGGGAGGAAGGCGGGGGUCACUAUUCGGGCCACCAGUCUCGCUCUGCUCGAAGGAACAAGUCUCGAGAGCGCAGUAAGAGCGGGGACUCUCGGCAUGAGUCGGGCAGACGACACCGCAGCAGGACAGCUGGCUGGUGGAGCUCCGAUGACAAUCUGGACAGCGACAGCAGCUUUAUGGUGACUGGCGGCAGGAGAGGAUACCCAAGCGGGCACGAGAGCCUGGAUGCGGCCAUUCAGGAGCUUACCAUGAAGAGGCCCAAGGAACGGGGAGGCGGGGCUGGACCUGCGGAGUGCUUGGCCUGUACCACCAUUGCGCUGGCUGGAAGCGAAAGAGGCGGACACCACGGUCACACGGGGCACCCCGGUCACUCCCUGAAGAGAAGCACGUGGUCCGCCAUGACGGUCAGUCAAGCCAGGGAGGUGUACCCUUCUAGGGGGGGAGGAGGCUAUGACAAAGCACUGGUCCCCAUUGAAAACAAACUGAAGGAGAGGACCCUCCACUAUCUGCAGGUUCCUUCGGAAGACUGGGGGGGCGGAUACGGGGGCGGCGGCGCCACAGACAUCGGAGGUGAGAUUCCCUGCCGUCGCAUGCGCAGCGGCAGUUACAUCAAGGCCAUGGGCGAUGAUGACAGCGUCGAUUCAGACAGCAGCCCCAAAGCUUCACCCAAGUCCACCCUGAUCGCGCAGAGGGAUGCCUUCCGACGAUCAAUCAGCAUGGAUCAAAGGUAUUCAUGUAAGCAGUGUACUGACUCCUAUCCUAACAGCCGAACAACACCCAAGUCCCACACCCGCUCGCGUAGUUACACUCGCUCGCUGACCAGCUCACAGUUGGGAGACACCUUAGACAGACAGUUUGAGGCCGUGUGCGAGACCAUGUUUGGGGAGGUGGAGUCCCAAGCGGUCGAGGCUUUGGAUCUCCCAGGGGUGUUCCGCACGCGUAGCCAUAGCUACGUCCGCGCCAUCCAGGCUGGCUGUUCCCAGGACGACGACUGUCUUUCUGUAUUCUCUAUGUCUGGCCCCCAAGGAAGCAUCAAGGCAGGAGCUGUCUUUCCUUAUCGCAAAGGUGCUCCUCCCCCACUCCCCCCUCGCAUGUCCAAGUCCUCGCUGUCCGUGCGAGCCCAGAGCAGCACAGAGUCCACCCAGGACGUCUACUACCAGAGCAGCCACGGGCGCCCUAAACUGCACAGUAACUCAGUGGACCUGGGCUGCUCCGACGGACCUUCGGGACGCUCUUCCAGAAUCGGCUACUACACUGCCGCAGGCCCGGGGCGUUCCCGGCAGCACAGUAACUCAGCAGAGAGCCUGGAUGGCGGGAUCAGGGGCUCGCGGGAGAUGGUACCCUACGGAGGCGGUCCGGGAGUCGGCGUGCGGGCCAAACACAGCAGCUCAGCUGAUAGUUUGCUGGAGGGGCCACCGAGGCCAGCCCGGGACAGGGACGGUCGAGUUGGGGGAAGCCUGGGGAAGUCGGUCUCCCUGCCGCAGAACAGCAUUGUUUUGAGUAAAGCUGGAGGCCAGGAUGACGGAUGUGGUGGGAGAAAGUGGAGACCAUCCAUCGCUGUGCAGGUCGACAGCUCAGAGACUCUGUCGGAUUCAGACGCAGAAGGCAAAGCUCUAACUGAGGUCCACUCGAUAGGAGUGCAGGUGGAAGAUGACAAAAGACGGGCCCGUUUCAAGCGCUCGAAUAGCGUGACGGCGAGCGUGCAGGCCGACCUGGACCCCGAGGGCUUCCCGGGGCUCAGCGUUGUCGUGCCGACGCAGGACAAGAGUCUCCAGUUUGGUUGCUCCUUCCAACGGCACUCGUCGGAACCGGAGUCAGCUGGCCAGUACACGGAAUGCCACCGCACUGUGCAUACACAAGGACAGUGGGCCUACAGAGAGGACUUUAUUCAGAGCGGCUACUCCACCGAGGCUUGUCCAGGAGACCCACGCUCCCAUCAACAUCAGCACCUUCCUCCACGUUCCCACUCACCACUCCCCCUCACAUCCGAGCGAGCCUGGGCCGGUACACCCUCCUUGGAGGGUCCCCGCAGCCUGCCCGACUCGGGUCGAGCCUCCCCCUGCAUGAGGGACGGAGAAUUCUUCCUGCGCCUCCUGCAGACCGAAGUGGAGCGGAUGGAGGGCUGGUGCCAGAACAUGGAGAGGGAGGCGGAGGAGAAUGAACUCCCGGAGGAGAUUCUAGAGCUGAUUCGGAGUGCAGUUGGCAGUGCCCAGAUGCUCUUGUCUCAGAAAGUUCAGCAGUUCUUCCGACUCUGCCAACAAAGUGUGGACCCAUCUUGUUAUCCCCAGCCCACCUCUCAGGACCUAGCAGGCUUGUGGGACCUACUCCAGCUCAACAUAGAAGACAUCCGGGUCAAGUUUCAGGAUCUCCAGAGGCUGAAAGACUCUGGCUGGAAGCUCCCCUCUGAAAAGAAGGAGGAUAAGAAGAUUCCUCCACCCUUACCAAAGAAGCCAGCGGGCGGGGUGAGUGGCAGCCUCCGGGCGGAUAGCGUCGGGGACGGAGGUGGCGCAAGUGGGCCAGGGGGCCUGGUGGUGCCUCGUGUGGGGGGACACACCCUACCAAUCAGGGAGAAGUCCCUCGACCUCGUUGAACGUCAGAGGACAGAAGCGAGGAGGAGGCUUCUGCAAACCAAGCGUACCGCCUCCUUCAGGCAGAAUUCGGCUACGGAGAGCGCAGACAGUAUCGAAAUCUAUAUUCCCGAAGCCCAGACUCGACUCUGAAACACACCCACCUCCCCGUUCCUCCCUCCAGCCAAUUCACUCUGACCAGCAACCUAGUCCUUGUGCAGCUCUAGAUUAACUGCAGGUCAGGUACUAACUCCUCUGCUUUCCUCUAGACUAGAGCAUUUCCACUAAUACACUUCUCAUUAUUCUUAAUUCAGUUCUCAAGCAGUAACAGCCAUUUGUGUGUCUUGAAAAUUGCACAUAUUAAUGACACAGAGGCCUAAAAAAAACAAACAAAAAAAAAAAACGUUGAGUAACUAGUAGAUAUGAACUCGCCUUUUUUUUGUCCAAAGUCUAUGAAUUUGUAUUUAUUUCUUAUUUAUUUGUAUUAUUAUUUAGCUGACAACAGAUGAUAAACACUUCACUUUUUUAUAACGGUGUUUUGCUGCGGCUCUCGCACUAGUUAGUAGCAUGCCCCGGUCGUGUUAACCCGCCGCUUGUGCAUCACUGGAAAUAAAGGGCUUAACAGGCACAAAACCUCUAUGACAGGAGAUGACAAGACUUCCCACAUUUCAAUUCCCGUCGCCACCCUUGAAGGGAAAACACUUUACAUUCGCUGGGUUUGCCAUUCCCAGCCAGAUGUAUCCAUAAUUUACACCGACACUGCCAGUAUGGAUAAUGAGGCACGCCUGGAAAGGCUGAUGGUUCGAUGUUGUCGAUGCAAACCGCAUCUACUGAUCACCGGAUCACAAAUUAACUAUGUAUUCGUUAUGGAGUUAGCGUCGAUCAUGUUCAUUCAAAA